AUGUGGCCUCCGGGUGCAAUAACAUCAGCCCUACUGCUGUUGUGUGUCUAUCAGCUGGCAGCGCAACGACUGGCGCCAUUUAGCGACGAACAAAUUAGGCAUCGUGAGUUGAAUUGAAUAAAAAAUUUUUAGGUUGUUCAACUAAUUCUGUGCUUCUUCUCAAAGCUAAUUUUUGGAGUUAAGGGUGCAGAAUUAUUUGAACAAUCUAAUAUAUUGUUUUAAUAUUAGGUUGCUCGCAUAAUUCUGCGAUCCUUUAACUCACAAAUUUGCUUUGAGAGAGGGCGCAGAAUUAAGUGAACAACCUAAUAAUUAAAAGUUGACUCAUCCUACAGUAAUCGUUGUUUAAACAAAGUUUUCAGACCAAUCCCUGCUAAAACAAUACAAAUCUGACAAAAUUAAUGGAUUUGCUCGGUUUCAUGAGCUGCCUGAAGAGUCAUCAGUGCCAAAACCUCAAAAGUUUGAAAAAGUGGCAGCUUUGGAUGGCUUUGAACACUGUCCUCAUGGUUACACUGGUCAACUCUGUGAUAUUCGUAAGUUAUUGACGAGGGAGGGAUGGAUAUUGGUCAUGGAUAAUAUAGUUUGUAGUGUUUUUUUUUUCAUGGUCUUAUAUAAUUUCCACAGCUACUGGUUUUUGGUAAUUUGUUACCUAUUUUACUCUAAUUAUCACCUAUUUUUAGCCAUUUGUCAGCACUCCAACCGCCUAGUUCAUCACAGUGGAAGCACGCCAGGAGAACUGAUCGAACUGGAAUUUUUUGACCAAUGUGCUGGCAGUAAUAUCAUUCACGUUGAUGAUCAUAUCCAGCAUCUGAAGAUCUCGGUAACCACGGAGAGAACCGGCUUCCCCAACGCCAAGCUUUACAACGCCUACGGCCGUCAGAUCCGCCCCCAAUUCGAGAUUCCAAACCCUCACGUCAGAGAGAUCUUCUUCGAAAACAUCAUCGAAGAAGGUGCUGGCAAGUAUGUUAUUGUAGUAGAGAGUGCGGACAACGAGGACUGUACGGCCGCUGUAUUCGCUGCAACCGACCUUGUCAUAGAUGGAGGAUUCGUGGAGUCCGUGCACGAUGACAACGUCCAACAAUUCGCAUCUGAUGCUCAUGAACUUCAACGCGACCCCACUGAACACAUACCAUCUUACCUGGCAUUCGGUACCACGAACCUAGAGUACCCAGAGACAUUGAAUACAGUAACCUUCUACCGUAGUAACUUCUCAACCCAAUACGCUCCGCUUCACGUUGGAUCACGGUACAAUUGUGAAGCCAACGCCUUCGUCGGACCGUACGUAUGUCUGGAGCACGGUAUCUACUUUGUCAAGAUCCGAGGCUACGACCAAGGUGGCAACAUAUGGCAGAGAAUGUAUCAAUACGCUUGUAACGUAAAUCCGCACCCAGGACCAGGUCCCGGCCCAACUCCACCUCCACCACCACCCCCAGAAUCCUGUGAGAACGGUGGAACGCUGGUCCACAACAACACCCACAACUACUGUUACUGUGGUCAUCAUUACGGUGGAAGACGAUGCGAAUUCAAAAUCUGCGAUCACGGUGGACACAUCGGGCACGAUGGCAACUGUGUAUGCUACGGAAACUUUGGUGGCGAAUUCUGUGAACAUGUAACGUGCCCCAAACGUUCCGGCCGUCAAUUCACAUCAGACAAGACAGCUUUGAACUUUGUCGUUCGAUCUCACGACGACUCGAACAUUCGAGCUCAGGUCACGGCCAGUAUUGAUCUGAUCGUGAACACGUUCGUGAGUCAAAAGAACAACGAGAUCGAGGCAUACACAGCUACGUUCAUAUUGGAUGGUGAGACCAAGUUGUACUUGGAGACGGACAGAGCCGAAGAGUUUUUGAAGCAGAUCAAUGAGAUCGAAGGACAUUGGGAGAAGAGUGACAGGUGUAAUGAUAGUGUAAGUCUUUGGGUAUGGGAGAUUGUGGUGGGGAAGAUAUCUUUUUUUGGGGGCGGGGGGGGGGGUGGUGUUUAAAAUGAUUUCUGGUUAGAUGGAGAGUCAAAAUUACACUUUUAACGUAUGGGGCGGAGUGGGGGGGGAGGAAGGGGGGAGAGGUAAAGGAUGGAGAGUUCAGCGUGGGGUAAAUUUCUUUAAAGGGCGGGUUGAAAAUUCAAAAUUUUUUUACUGUAAGAAAGAAUUAUUAAAAAAUUGAAAAAAUAAUCUACCCCUCCCGGUGUUACCAAAAAAAUAAUUUACCCCGCCCGGUAUUACCUUUUUCUUAAUUUGGCGUUUUAUGCACCUUAAGAAAACGAAAAAAAAUACCCCGCCCAAUAUUAUCCUUCACAUACUUUACUCCUUUCCUAAAUUUCAAGCUUUUCCAACUAUUUUAAGUCAUUUUCAUAUUAUAACAUCAAACUUAUUACCUAUACUUUCAGAUCUUCCUAGCCAUCGAUGAAGCCCUAGAAAUCGGAGCCGCUACCCAUUACCGUAACUCCCCAAUCAUCGUCUUCACCGACGCCCUCCCCAACGAUCCAUUAUCAACUCGAUUCGAUAUUCUCCAACGUCUGAACAAGCAAAACAACCCCAUUCACAUCAUCACCUACGGCGGUAAAGGCUACCAAUGUAACCCCGACCUACAGAGUGAGAAGUACGAAGAGCUGCGGAUCCUAGCACAAUAUAGUGGAGGCCUGGUGACCAAAGCCACCGCUCACGAUGAAGAACAACAAGAAGACUCGAUCGGCCGUGUCGCAUUCACGUUGGCCAUGGGACUGUUCCAAGAGCACUUGCUAGCCGCUAAUGAUCUUCUGGAUUCGUGUAGAUACGCUCCAAACGAACAAGUCUUCUUCGUCGAUGAUUCCAUCGAACAGAUCGUUGUAGCCUUUGUAGGACGAAAUGACUACAAGAUUCAUGUUGUGGAUACGGUGGAGGAAGAGAUUCAACCAUAUUAUCAUCUAGAUCAAGGAGAUUUGUUCGUUAGUGUGUACAGAAAGCUGGAGUAUGGAAACUACCGGUUGAUUAUUCAAAAACCUGAGGGAAACAGCACUAGAUGUAAGUUGGGAGAUUGAAAAUUUAAAAUUCCUUAAAAAAUCAGUUUUGAAUUUUAAAAUUGCAAAAUUUAAAAACAUGUGUAAAACAAAAAUUUCAGCCGAAGUCCCCUGCCAUUACCGUGUCUACGCCCGCACCAAAUACGAAGUCUUCACCGGAGCCGCCUUCUCAAUCGAGAACGACAUAGCUCUAGAACAGCCAAUGUUAAACCAGGAGAUGCACAUCGUAGCCAGAAUCAACAACGUCGAAUUCCCAGACCGUGAAAACGUCUUCGCCGAAGCUCUGAUCUGGCACAACGAUCUACGUCAACAUGACAAACGUGAAGUUCUGUACGCUUCGAAUGGAAUCUACCGUGACGGAUGUGACUACAACCUCUACUUUGGCACAUGGAAAUGCACACAGCCGAACCAGUUCUUCUACAUUGAGGUCUACGCUGAAGAUGCUACAGGCUUGACGGUGAAGCGAACUUCAGUAGGACACUGUACAGUAAGAGAUCCUCAGCCACCCGACCAGUACUGUAGAAACGGUGGUGUCAGAGUGGGCGACAAAUGUCUCUGUGUACCUGGCUAUCAAGGCGAUCGUUGCGAGAAUAUUGUCUGCUACAAUGGAGGCCGAUCAGAAGUCACACACUGCAAAUGCUACGCUCCAUGGACUGGCAGACAUUGUGAAGAAGCUACAUGUCAGUAUCAGAACCAUUGGACUAACUUCAAGCCCAAAGAUCAAGGACUAAGUCUCAUUAUUCAAGGAUCGUCCGAUGUGAGAUCAACUCUGAUCGAUCUAAGCCAAAUUUCACACGACAUUGUCCGUGAUAUCAAGUACAACGACCCACAAUGGAUCCAACAUUACAGUAUAUUGACGUUCACGAAUGAAACAGUCAAGAAACGCCUGGAUACAGAUCAUCCAGACGAUCUUCUUCAUGUUCUAGAGGAUGUUCUUAAGGAAUCAGAGAAUGCCAAAUCGGCAUGUCAAGAUCUGUUGAUCUACGAAGCCAUUAUUGAAGCGUUGAGCACAAGCAGAGCCAUGAAGAAUGAUAUCGUUUAUAUUAUUGUGUCUGGAGGCAUUAAACGAAGUGCGGAUAUGGAAAGAAGAGCUUUCGAGCUGAUUGACAUGCUUGGAGCUAAAGUAAGGUUUAGUGGGCUUAAAAUUGAAAAAAAAUGAAACUCACAAAGCAAAUAUAGGAUAAAAGGAAUUAAAAGAAAGGAUAUAGAGUUCAUUAUUAAGGUAAUGAAAUCAAGAAUAACAUAACAAAAACAGCUAAAAAGCCUUUUUUCUUCAAUAACAUUGAAGUUUUGCAGCCUGCAAACUGUUCUUCGCGGUUUGCGCCUAAUAUAUUAAUGUUAUUUUAUGUUUCUGAUAAAAUUAGCUAUUAGUGAACCUAAAAUUAUAUUACAACAUUAUUUUAAAAUUCAUUUGAGUUUAUUUCAGCAAUUUCCAAAGCGUUUUUGCUCAAUAUUUCAAUAUUGUUUUAGGUAGAUGAACAUAGAUGUUGUUUUGCGUGAAUAACCUUAAAUUUUGUAGGAAAUUGGCUGUAAAUUAUAUCUAAAAAGAUACAACAGAGUUUUUAUUUAGUUUUCAAACUAUUUUUGACUUUUUUUGAACUAAUUUCAAAGAGUUUUGGCCAUUGAAACCCAAUGAUUAACUUAAAGUUAGACGCGCAAAAAUUGUCCGAGAACUUUUGACGUUAUUUUGGCAAAAUUAUGCAUCAAAUUACAUAUCAUUAGAAAGAGCAUUUUUUUCUCUAUCUUUUUCAAUAAAAUUCCUUAAAAAAUGUAUCAAAUUCACUCAUUUCAGAUCAAUAUAAUCCAGUCGCCCAUCAACAAGUGCAAUAUCAACUUGGAAGCGGAGGAAAGCGCCGAUAUUGUCCAAUUGGCCCAUUAUUCAGGUGGAGAACACUUUUUAACCAACAGCGGAAAAGCUUUGCUAACAAUUCCACUACAAUAUGACAAUGGAAUCGUCUAUGAUGAGGUGAGGGACGGCUGUGAAGAGGAACAGACCUUCUACUUCCCGAUUGGAGGUGAAGCUCAAACUGUCAGUGUGAUUACUAGCGGUGAUUUGAGACGUGGAUAUCCAAAGAUUACGGCUGUUGAAGGACAAUAUGUCGAUGAUCUUCAGAUUUAUGCCAGCACGGUUUCGAAUCUUCAUGUUAUCUACAAAGGUAUGCUUAUGAUAAUAUAAAUUUACGUCUUUCUUGGGGAAGAUAAUUGUUUGAUCGUUGGUAUAUUAUUUUAGAAAAGAGUCUGAAGGAUGUUUGUCUUUAUUUUGACUGAAACAACUUAAAGUUAUAACAUUUGACACUUCAAAAACCUUGUUUUAGACUGUCCGGACGGUUGGCAAGCCUACAAACAGAACUGUUACCUCUUCGAGCUUCUUCCUCACACUUGGGAUGACGCCAAGACUACCUGUAUCUAUCAAGGAGGUCAUAUUCUUCAUGUUUCAAACGCCGAAAUCAACAAUUUAAUGUCUGCGGCCACUGGCGGCCAAGAAACUUGGAUUGGUCUAAACGACCAGAACAGCCAUGCCUGGGGCUGGGAUCAAGGAACUCAUCCGGAUAUGCCAUUAACCGAAGGAUCUUACAAGAACUGGGCUUCUGGAGAACCGAAAGACGGAAAUCAUUGUGCUACACUGACUUCUGAAGGCUGGAAGGCUCAGAAUUGUACUAAGAGCUUGCCGAUUAUUUGUCAGAAGCAUGCUUGUAAGUGGGAGGUUGUGGGCAGAUGGGGUUAGGUAGGGUAUGGUAAGUUAUGUGACACAUGGUAAUUUAAGGCAGGGUUAUGUACGAUAGAGUAGGAUAUGCUAAUGUAGAGCAAAGUCAGGUAAAUUUGCGAAACUUCGGGUAAGUUAAGGUACAGUAAGAUAAGGUAUUAAACAUUAGAUGCUUCUAUAAGGGAUUACAUCAUGGUGACAUUCCAAAAUCCACCCUUUACAAUUCAGACGAACUCGGCUACAACCCAGGAGGUCAAAACACUGGUCAUUUGCCCCGCGGUGUCUGGCAAGUCAAGCUUCAAACCUACAAAGACUACAACACUUGUGGGGUGAGAGUGAACGUACAAUCGGCUACACAAGUCUUCCGUCAAUUCACCAAGAAGGUGGACGAUGAUUGGGGAGAUUCUUUCUUGAUUCACAACAGUCGUAUGUUUAAAAAUGGCAUUUUUAGUUGAUUUUUGAGCGAAAAAAGAGAAUUUUAGCUGAUUUUUGGUUUAAAAUGGCGAUUUUAGAAAAUUCAUAAAAUUUCUAAUGAGUACUGUAACUUUUUAAAAGCAAAAAUGAAUUUUCAGAACACAACAAGAUCAUAGCUCAUUUGGAGUCUUCAAUUCAUGGUGAACGAGGUGAGUCCAAACUGGAAUAUGCUCACCUAUACCCAUCUGUUACCGCCAAUCUUGGCGAUGUUGUUGUAGGUUUUUGUAUAUUGUUAUAGGUUUUUGUAUAUUGUUGUGGGUUUUUGUAUAUUAUUGUAGGUUUUUAGGUAUUGUUGUAGAUUUUUAGGUUUUGUUAUACGUUUUUGUAUAUUGUUGUAGGUUUUGUAUAUUGUAGUAGGUUUUUGUGUAUUAUUGUAGGUUUUUGGGUAGUGUUUUAGGUGUUUGUAUAUUGUAGUAGGUUUUUGUAUAUUGUUGUAGGUUUUGUGUAUUGUUGUAGGUUUUUGUAUAUUGUCGUAGGUUUUUGGGUGUUUUGGACCAAGUUUUAAAUUUCAAGGCUUUAAACGAACUUUCUUUACAAUUUUUAAAGUUUUUAGGUAACAAAUUACAGAAUUUUUUACUUUCAGUCUUUCAACAGACGUGAGCAAUGCUCAUACGAGUACGUUUCUCAUGACUUCACUGCUAAAUCUUAUGGAUAUUACAUUGGUUACACCGGAUUUGACGCCUAUGGUUACCCAUUCCAACGUAUCUUACCGGCCGUCGCUGAAAGUACGAUUCCAAAGUGUGUAAAUGGUGGUAUCUUGGAUAAAAGGACGGAGGAAUGUGUAUGCCCACCCAACUUCCGAGGCCGAGAAUGCCAGAUUCCGGACUGUAAGUUCGGUUAUCCAGCACCGAACAUGAUCACAUGCAGAUGUUAUCAAGGAUACGCUGGCGACUUUUGUCAACAUGGUAGGUUAUGGUUUGUCUGUUGUAAGGGUAAUGGUCUUACUAGAGUUGAACAUCAUUUUACUGUAUUUUUUGGUCUAGGUUUACUGUAAUUUGGUAUUUUGUAGCUGUUUGCACUCGAAAUGACACUGGUCAUCAACCACCACCACUUCAUCCAGAAGGCAAGUCGCUAGUGUUUGUACUAGAUGGAUCAACUUCUGGACCUAAUGGAGCUGUUGUUAAUAAGUAAGGCUUGAUUUUAUUAGUAUUUUGGCUUUAAAGAUGGUUUUUAAAAUACUAAAAAUUUAAUUUUUUUAUGUUACAGUAUCUAAAUUUUCAUUUUUAGGCUUAAACUAGCUUAUUCUUAGAAAAUUAGGUAAAGAAAAUCUGAUUUCUGUAUACCUAAUAUAACUUAAUUUACAUUUUGUACCCUUAAGCUACUUUUUAAAGUCUAUUUUUGAAUUUUACUAUACCGAAACUUACAUUUUUCAGCUUUACUGCUAUCAUAAACGAAGUAUUGGACCGUCUCGGCGACAUCCCAACCCAAUGGUUCACGAACUAUGUUGGUAUCGUAGCCUACGACGAACAACAUGACAGCCCAUCAUCAGCCAUCGUAUCAGAAAAGACUCGUGCCAAGUUCCUGAGUGAAAUGAAGUACAUCUUCUCCAAAGGCUAUCAACCAAAGAACAACAAACGUGAAUACCUCCAUGCCCUAUCCAAAGUAGUCCGACACAAAGACGUCGCCGUCGGCAGUCCAGUAUACAUCAUUGGUAACGCUGUGGUUGGGGAUCAUAGAAGCAGAUACGAUCAUGUCAUGGACUUUAUCUCUCAGAAACAUGUCACCAUUCAUAGCAUUAUCCUCGAGGAUAACAAAGUACCCGGAGGCGAGCCAACUUACUAUGAACCAGCAGUCGAGACUCUAAUUGGACUGACAUACGUAACUGAUGGCCAGUUCUAUCAAGUACCAGCCUCAAAGUUUGUGGACUUGUUCUACCUUCAGUUAGGCACCAGAUUCCGUGGCUACGGCCUUACUCAUCAGACCUUCAGACAGUGCUCGGAGAAGUACGAAUACUUCCAAACUGGUGGAGACUUCUCGCUGUUGGUCAUCGAUAUUUUCUCUGUUCAUUAUGAUACCAACUUUGACAUCAUUGAUCCGGAUGGAAAGACUAUCGUUAGCUUUGGAAUCGAGUUCUUGACCAUCACUAACAGGUUCUUCACUUUGGAGGUGGGUUUUGAUACCUAAAGUAAUAUUUUUGGUACUUAAAUCUUUUAAAAUUUGGGUUUUUUACCUAAAUUUAGACAAACAAUUGGAUUUCAUAUCUAAAAUUACGUUAAAAUUACGAUUUCAUACCUAAAUUUACCACGAAAACCCAACUUUACACCUAAAAAUCAUAAUAAAACUUGAACUUUAAGACGAACAAGCCUGGUAUCUGGACAAUCCAAAUCGGUCGAAGCUCUCAAACACAUCCAUGCGUUGUAUCAGUACGUGAAGUCGCCAAAUCAGCACCAUCAAUCGGCUUCUCAAGAGAUUUGGAAUCAGAUCAAGGAAGACACUCGAGAAGCGCACAGUACUAUCCUGAACAUGGAUGUAAGUUAACUUUUUUUGUUUUUAUUUGAAUUUUAGGGUAGUGUUGAAGGUUGUGGGUAAAGCUGAGAUUGAAAUUUGAGCUGUAAAGAAAGUUAUGGCAUAAAUUUCAAAAAAAUUUUUUAAAAAUGGAAAAAGGCAUAAAUUGGAUUUAAAAUGUGAAAAAAGAAGUUGUCACAAUAAUAUAGUGUUUUAAAAUGGUAUAAAAUGUCAUUUUUUACAAUUUUUAAAAUAUUUUUUAUUUUUUCUUACCUAUUUUUUCAAUUAUAAACACGAUAAAAUGAUAAAAUAACUCCAAUUUCAUUCGUGCAGCUUUGUCCGAGUGGUUAAGGAGUCAGACUCGAAAUCUGAUGGGCUUUGCCCGCGCAGGUUCGAAUCCUGCAGGUUGCGAAUUACUUUUUGCGGUUUUUUCUUGAACAAACCUAUAAAUCAGUGUUGUAAAUCGACGUAAACUUAUCGUAAAACUAAUUUUUACUUAUUUUAAUCCUUUAGUGAACGCAAUUUUGGCCAAUUCUGAGGAUUAUCUGACCUACGCUCAGGUUUACUCCCAUGAUGAACAUACUUUGGUGUUUUCAUCGCCAUUGAUCAGAAGAAUUGAUUGUAACUGGAAUUACAUUAGUACUGAGUAAGCUUUUUUACUUGUCUUUGAUAGUUGAUAUGAAGUUUUGAGUUUUACGGUGUUUAAUUCGACUAUUUUAGGCCGUUCCGCUGUCCGUCAUUGUCCUUUACUGUAGCUGUAGAAGCAUACGAUAAGAAUGGUCACCCUUACAGAAGAACAUACAAGACUCAUUGUGUUGGAUUUGAAGGUACUAUCUUUGUUUUUUUUAAAUUUGUGGUGUUUUCUUUGAAGUACAUACUUGAUAUUGUUUUAGCUCCAAACCAGCUGGCAAUUCCAUCAAUUUUCAAUCAAACUGACGUCGCUGUACCAAAACUAGCUGAAAUACCGUUUAGUCAUUGA